GGGAGAAGGCGGAGGAAAAGGCUGCCUCAAAGGAAGUUAUAAGUAAGGAGCGCGCGCCGGCGGCCGGCAGUUUCCCGACCAGAGAGAGCGAACGUGUCUGCGGGCGCGCGGGGAGCAGAGGCGGUGGCGGGCGGCGGCGGCACCGGGAGCCGCCGAGUGACCCUCCCCGCCCCUCUGGCCCCCCACCCUCGCACCCGCCCUCGGCCCGCGCCCAUGGCCGCGCGCGUUCCACACAACUCCCCGGACUCCGCGCCCUGCGCCGCCAACCAGUUCGCAGCUCCGCGCCACCGCAGCCAGUCUCACCUGGCGGCACCAUCCGCCCACCGCCCCGGCCACAGCCCCUGCACCCACGGCAGCACUCAAGGCGACCGCGACAGCGGUGGGGGACGCUGCUGAGUGGAAGAGAGCGCAGCCCAGCCACCGGACCUACUUACUCGCCUUGCUGAUUGUUUUUGAGUUUACAACUUUUCCAAGAACUUUUGUAUACAAAGGAACUUUUAAAAAAGGACGCCUCCAAUUUAUAUUUAAUCCAAAGAAGAAGGAUCUCGGCCAAUUUGGGGUUUUCGGUUUUGGCUUCGUUUCUUCUCUACGUUGACUUUGGGGUUCGGGUGCCCCAGCUGCUUCGGGCUCCCGAGGACCUUUCUGGGCCCCCGAAUUAAUGAGGCAGCCACCUGGCGAGUCUGACAUGGCUGUCAGCGACGCGCUGCUCCCAUCUUUUUCCACGUUCGCGUCUGGCCCGGCGGGAAGGGAGAAGACACUGCGUCAAGCAGGUGCUCCGAAUAACCGCUGGCGGGAGGAGCUCUCCCACAUGAAGCGACUUCCCCCGGUGCUUCCCGGCCGCCCGUAUGACCUGGCGGCGGCGACCGUGGCCACAGACUUGGAGAGCGGCGUAGCCGGUGCGGCUUGCGGCGGUAGCAACCUGGCGCCCCUACCUCGGAGAGAGACCGAGGAGUUCAACGAUCUCCUGGACCUGGACUUUAUCCUCUCCAAUUCGCUGACCCAUCCUCCGGAGUCAGUGGCCGCCACCGUGUCCUCGUCAGCGUCAGCCUCCUCCUCAUCGUCCCCGUCGAGCAGCGGCCCUGCCAGCGCGCCCUCCACCUGCAGCUUCACCUAUCCGAUCCGGGCCGGGAACGACCCGGGCGUGGCGCCGGGCGGCACGGGCGGAGGCCUCCUCUAUGGGAGGGAGUCCGCUCCCCCUCCGACGGCUCCCUUCAACCUGGCGGACAUCAACGACGUGAGCCCCUCGGGCGGCUUCGUGGCCGAGCUUCUGCGGCCAGAAUUGGACCCGGUGUACAUUCCGCCGCAGCAGCCGCCGCCGCCAGGUGGCGGGCUGAUGGGCAAGUUCGUGCUGAAGGCGUCGCUGAGCGCCCCUGGCAGCGAGUACGGCAGCCCGUCGGUCAUCAGCGUCAGCAAAGGCAGCCCUGACGGCAGCCACCCGGUGGUGGUGGCGCCCUACAACGGUGGGCCGCCGCGCACGUGCCCCAAGAUUAAGCAGGAGGCGGUCUCCUCGUGCACCCACUUGGGCGCUGGACCCCCUCUCAGCAAUGGCCACCGGCCGGCUGCACACGACUUCCCCCUGGGGCGGCAGCUCCCCAGCAGGACUACCCCGACCCUAGGUCUUGAGGAAGUGCUAAGCAGCAGGGACUGUCACCCUGCCCUGCCGCUUCCCCCUGGCUUCCAUCCUCACCCGGGGCCCAAUUACCCAUCCUUCCUGCCCGACCAGAUGCAGCCUCAAGUCCCGCCGCUCCAUUACCAAGGUCAGUCCCAGGGAUUUGUAGCUCGGGCUGGGGAGCCCUGUGUGUGCUGGCCCCUCGGGGCACACGGGAUGAUGCUCACCCCACCUUCUCCACCCCUAGAGCUCAUGCCACCCGGUUCCUGCAUGCCGGAGGAGCCCAAGCCAAAGAGGGGAAGACGAUCGUGGCCCCGGAAAAGGACCGCCACCCACACUUGUGAUUACGCGGGCUGCGGCAAAACCUAUACAAAGAGUUCCCAUCUCAAGGCACACCUGCGAACCCACACAGGUGAGAAACCUUACCACUGUGACUGGGACGGCUGUGGAUGGAAAUUCGCCCGCUCAGAUGAACUGACCAGGCACUACCGUAAACACACUGGACACCGCCCGUUCCAGUGCCAGAAAUGCGACCGAGCAUUUUCCAGGUCGGACCACCUCGCCUUACACAUGAAGAGGCAUUUUUAAAUCCCAGACAGUGGAUAUGACCCACACUGCCAGAAGAGAAUUCAGUAUUUUUUACCUUUCACACUGUCUUCCCGACGAGGGAAGGAGCCCAGCCAGAAAGCACUACAAUCAUGGUCAAGUUCCCAACUGAGUCAUCUUGUGAGUGGAUAAUCAGGAAAAAUGAGGAAUCCAAAAGACAAAAAUCAAAGAACAGAUGGGGUCUGUGACUGGAUCUUCUAUCAUUCCAAUUCUAAAUCCGACUUGAAUGUUAUAUUCCUGGACUUACAAAAUGCCAAGGGGGUGACUGGAAGUUGUGGAUAUCAGGGUAUAAAUUAUAUCCGUGAGUUGGGGGAGGGAAGACCAGAAUUCCCUUGAAUUGUGUAUUGAUGCAAUAUAAGCAUAAAAGAUCACUUUGUAUUCUGUUUACCUUCUAAAAGCCAUUAUUAUGAUGUUAGAAGAAGAGGAAGAAAUUCAGGUACAGAAAACAUGUUUAAAUAGCCUAAAUGAUGGUGCUUGGUGAGUCUUGGUUCUAAAGGUACCAAACAAGGAAGCCAAAGUUUUCAAACUGCUGCAUACUUUGACAAGGAAAAUCUAUAUUUGUCUUCCGAUCUACAUUUAUGACCUAAGUCAGGUAAUACACCUGGUUUACUUCUUUAGCAUUUUUAUGCAGACAGUCUGUUAUGCACUGUGGUUUCAGAUGUGCAAUAAUUUGUACAAUGGUUUAUUCCCAAGUAUGCCUUAAGCAGAACAAAUGUGUUUUUCUAUAUAGUUCCUUGCCUUAAUAAAUAUGUAAUAUAAAUUUAAGCAAACGUCUAUUUUGUAUAUUUGUAAACUACAAAGUAAAAUGAACAUUUUGUGGAGUUUGUAUUUUGCAUACUCAAGGUGAGAAUUAAGUUUUAAAUAAACCUAUAAUAUUUUAUCUGAA